CAAAGGAUGGUCGUUUGCAUAAUUAUAUCCCAGGAUGCAUUUCGGCCCUCAAGCUAGCGGAGCGAGUUUGUUUGCGGCAGACGUCAUUUUAGUCACUCAAGUUACAGGCUUCAUGUGUGAACAGAUAUAGAGAAAAAGACAGCUGUUUCCACCCCCGCACACACUUUUCAGCUUUUAUUCGUUUGUUCCUUUUAAAACGACUCAAACCAUUCAAGCUGUGCCUGAUUUAUCAACUUCUAUCAACACCAAGAAGAAGAGACAACUUUGUUCCUUCGAGAUGACUGCAGAGGGGUCCAAGAUGUGGGGGGGUCGUUUCGUGGGUGCCACCGACCCAGUGAUGGAGCGCUUCAACAUGUCCGUAGCGUACGACCGGCGCAUGUGGGACGCCGACCUGAGGGGCAGCAAAGCCUACGUCAAGGCUCUGCACCGGGCCGGGCUGGUCAGCGCAGACGAGAUGGCCGGCAUUUUGCAAGGGCUGGACGUGAUCAGUGAGGAGUGGAGCAAAGACGUGUUUGUGCUCAAUGACAGCGACGAAGACAUCCACACCGCCAAUGAACGCAGACUCGAGGAGUUGAUUGGCGGGGCGGCGAGGAAGCUGCACACAGGCAGGAGCAGGAACGACCAGGUGGUGACUGACAUGCGUCUGUGGCUGCGUGAUGCCGUCGACACGCUGACAGACAACGCCCUCGUCCUCAUCUCCGCCAUGGUGGAGCGUGCCACAGCAGAGAUAGACGUCCUGUUUCCUGGUUACACCCACAUGCAGCGAGCGCAGCCAAUCAGAUGGAGCCACUGGAUUCUGAGUCAUGCCGUGGCUUUGCGGCGUGACGUAGAGCGGCUGCAGGAGAUCAGGAAGCGCGUCAACGUCUUGCCUCUGGGCAGCGGCGCUGUCGCCGGAACGCCGUUUGACAUCGACAGGGAGCUUCUGAGGAAAGAGUUGUGUUUUGAUGAGGUCAGCUUGAACAGCAUGGACGCAACCGCACAACGAGACUUUGUUGCGGAGUUCCUGUUCUGGGCCUCGCUGUGUGCGACUCAUCUGAGUAAGAUGGCCGAGGACCUUCUGCUGUACAGCACCAAAGAGUUCUCCUUCGUCUCGCUGUCUGACGCCUACAGCACGGGCAGCAGCUUGAUGCCCCAGAAGAAGAACGCCGACAGUCUGGAGCUGAUCAGGAGCAAAGCGGGGCGAGUCUUUGGCCGAUGCGCGGGCUUCAUGAUGACGCUGAAGGGCCUUCCCAGCUCCUACAACAAAGACCUGCAGGAGGACAAGGAGGCCAUGUUCGACUGCUACGACUCCGUCUUGGCCGUCCUCCAGGUCGCCGCCGGAGUCGUGUCCACGCUAAAGAUCAAUGCCGGCGCCAUGGAGGCGGCGCUCAGUCCGGACAUGUUGGCCACCGAUCUGGCCUACUACCUCGUGAGGAAGGGGGUGGCGUUCAGGGACGCUCACGCUCUGGCGGGUAAAUCGGUCUUCACGGCCGAAUCCAAAAACAUUUCCUUGAACGAGUUGACUUUGGAGGACUUGAACGCCAUCAGCCCGCUGCUGGAAAGCGACGUGGCGUCGGUGUGGGACUACGGGGCGAGCGUGGAGCAGUACGCCGCUGCGGGCGGCACGGCCAAGAGCAGCGUGUGCGCUCAGGUACAACACCUGCGCACCUGGAUGACUCGGCACAAAGCGCAAACAUAACCGUCACACUCUCAUUCAAGUUUACUGACGCACAAUAAAAGAUUAGACAUUCAGUUUUGCUCCAUCGUGAUUGAAGCGCAUGGAACUGAUUUCACAUUUUAAUCAAUCAAUCAAUCAAAGCUGAUUCUACGCUUGAUGAACACUUGGGCAUGAUUGUUCGUAUGGUGUCCCUAAUUAAGUGUUUUUUAAAAACAUACAGGUGCAUCUCAAUUUUAAAAAAAAGUUAAUUUAGUUGAGUGGUUCAAUUUGUUGGUUCGUAGCUAGUUCAAUAAAUGGUUAUAAUAAAAUAGUUUGGAAUAUUGUAAUUUUGUCACCAAUUUUAUUUUACUACUUAAAGAAGUUACCCAUACACAUUUUAACUUUUUUUUUUUUUUUUUUAAACUUCACCUUCAAAUAACCAGGACCAUCUGUCCAUUUGAAAAAUCAGCUGUGUCCUUUGAGCAUGAAAAUUAAAAAGAUUCUUGAAACCCAGAUGGGACAAUUUCUCGCUCAUUUCUUCAAAGGUUGGAUUCUAAUUUCUUGAGAUGGAAUUUCAGGGUUGGCUAGCUGGAAGCUCUCAUCAUCCAAAAAUUUUGUUUUUCUUUUAAAGGAAAUAUUUUUUUUGGGGGGGGGGGGGGAUUUUUAAAGGAACCUUUUUUUUAUUUUAUUUUUUUAGAGGAACAUGAUUUCUUUGAAUGAUUUUUCUUUAAAAGCAGCUAUUUUCCCUUGUAGAAAAAUCAUUUUAAAAUUAUUUUCUAAAAGGAAAUGGAUUUUCUUUUGGUGGGGAACGGUUUAUUAUUAUUAUAUAUUUUUUAAAGGGAAAUUAACCCUGACAACAGCUAGACACUUGAUUAGGUACACUCCCUCAUCAUAUCCAAUACAAAAAUCAACAUCCAUCCACGUUGUGUCUCAAUUCUGAAUUUUAAUCCACACACGGAUAGUUUAUAAAAAGCAUAAAGC